GGGAACAGUGACAUUCAAAGAUGUGGCUAUCGACUUCACCCAGGAGGAGUGGAAGCACUUGGAUCCUGCUCAGAGGAACCUGUAUCGGAAUGUAAUGCUAGAAAACUAUAACAACUUAAUCACAGUAGGCUAUCCAUUCACCAAACCUGAUGUGAUUUUCAAAUUGGAGCAAGAAGAAGAACCAUGGGUGCUGGAGGAAGAAGUAUUAAGGACACACUGUCCAGGAGAAAUAUGGGGAAUUGAUGAGACUCAGAAAAACCAGAACAGACUUUUGAGACAAGUUGAAGAUAAAUUCAAGAAAACACUGACUGAAGAAAAAGUCAAUAAAUGUCAUAAGAAAUUUGCAAAUGUAUUUCCUCUGAACUCAGAUUUUGUUCCUUCUGGACACAAUCUCUAUGAAUAUGACUUAUUUGGAAAGUGUUUAGAACAUAAUUUUGACUGCCAUAAUAAUUUGGAAUGCCUUAUAAGAAAGAAACAUUGUGAAUAUAUUGAACCUGUGAAAUCAUAUGGUAAUAGCUCAUCUCUUCUUGGAGUAACCCCCUUUAAGUGUAAUCAUUGUGGAAAAGGCUUCCAUCAAACAUUGGACCUCAUCAGACACCUGAGAAUUCAUACUGGAGAGAAGCCCUAUGAAUGUAGUAACUGUAGAAAAGCCUUCAGCCACAAAGAGAAACUUACUAAACAUCAUCAAAUUCACAGUCAGGAGCAGUCUUUUGAAUGUAACGAAUGUGGGAAAGCUUUCAUUAAAAUGUCAAAUCUCAUUAGACAUCAAAGAAUUCAUACUGGAGAGAAACCAUAUCCAUGUAAGGAAUGUGGGAAAUCCUUCAGCCAGAAAUCAAAUCUCAUUGAUCAUGAAAAAAUUCAUACUGGAGAGAAACCUUAUGAAUGUAAUGAAUGUGGAAAAGCCUUCAGCCAGAAACAAAGCCUCAUUGCACAUCAGAAAGUUCAUACUGGGGAGAAACCUUAUGCAUGUAAUGAAUGUGGUAAGGCCUUUCCUCGAAUUGCAUCCCUUGCUCUGCAUAUGAGAAGUCAUACGGGGGAAAAACCUUAUAAAUGUGAUAAAUGUGGGAAAGCCUUCUCUCAGUUUUCCAUGCUUAUUAUACAUGUUCGAAUUCAUACAGGUGAGAAACCUUAUGAAUGUAAUGAGUGUGGAAAAGCCUUCUCUCAAAGCUCAGCCCUUACUGUACAUAUGAGAAGUCACACUGGUGAGAAACCCUACGAAUGUAAUGAAUGUAGAAAAGCCUUCAGCCAUAAGAAAAACUUCAUUACACACCAGAAAAUUCAUACUAGAGAGAAACCUUAUGAAUGUAAUGAAUGUGGGAAGGCUUUCAUUCAGAUGUCAAAUCUUGUUAGACACCAGAGAAUUCAUACUGGGGAAAAACCCUAUAUAUGUAAGGAAUGUGGGAAAGCCUUUAGCCAGAAAUCAAAUCUCAUUGCUCAUGAAAAAAUUCAUUCUGGAGAAAAACCCUAUGAAUGCAGUGAAUGUGGUAAAGCCUUCAGCCAAAAGCAAAAUUUUAUUACACAUCAGAAAGUUCAUACUGGAGAGAAACCUUAUGAUUGUAAUGAGUGUGGUAAAGCCUUCUCUCAAAUUGCAUCCCUUACUCUUCAUUUGAGAAGUCACACAGGGGAAAAGCCUUAUGAAUGUGAUAAAUGUGGAAAAGCCUUCUCUCAGUGCUCACUGCUUAAUUUACAUAUGAGAAGUCAUACAGGUGAGAAGCCCUAUGUAUGUAAUGAAUGUGGAAAAGCCUUCUCUCAAAGAACUUCCCUUAUUGUGCACAUGAGAGGUCAUACAGGUGAGAAACCCUAUGAAUGUAAUAAAUGUGGAAAAGCCUUCUCUCAAAGCUCAUCCCUUACUAUACAUAUACGAGGCCAUACAGGUGAGAAACCCUUUGACUGUAGUAAGUGUGGAAAAGCAUUCUCUCAAAUCUCAUCUCUUACUCUUCAUAUGAGAAAACAUACAGGUGAAAAGCCUUAUCACUGUAAUGAAUGUGGCAAGGCUUUCAGCCAAAAGUCACACCUUGUUAGACACCAGAGAAUUCAUACUCAUUAGAAAUCCUAUGAAUAUUGUGAAUAUGGGAAAGCCUUUGGAAGGGAUUAACACUUCAUUGCACAUUGCACAAAUGGUUCUAGAGCAGAAAACUAUGAAUGUGGGAAAGCUGUCUGAAGAAGUCACAAAUUUACAAAACAGAAUUCUUACCAGGUUGAAAAAUUACAUAAUGUAAAAGCUGAUUAUCUAAAACCUUAAGCAGACAUUUUACUUAUCCAUAAUAUUUAAUAAGAAUUCUCAUUAAAAUCUGAAACAAGAUAUCUGGUAUCAGCAUAUCAACAUAAUACUUGAACUCCCAGCCAAUGUCUUAAGCAAGAAAAAGAAGAUUGGGAAAAAAAGAGGAACUCUAAAAAUAACCUUUUAUACAAGAGAUAGUUAAUUGGAAAAUGUGUAGAUAGAAAAUAUCUAAGAAUAAACAAUGAUUUAUGAAACAUGUAUAUAAAAUUAUCAAACAUCUUGAAGGGCACAGAAGAACAUUAUGUCCCAAAAGACUUGACUUUGUAAAAAUAUAAGUUCUCUCCCAAAUCUGUAAGUUUAAUCUACUUACACUUAAAAUUUACAUCAGUUAUAUUUUAAAGCACUUCACAAACUGAUUCAAAAAUUUUAUAUGAAAAAGUAGAGGACACAAAUAGCUGAAACAGAUUUGAAAAAGCAAAACAAAUAGGGAAGACACGCUCUAUUAUAUAUUAUCCUAUACUUAUUUAAAGAUGUCCUUUAAACUAUAUUGAGGGAAUAAAUUAAUCAGUAAAAACAAUAAAUAUUGAGGAUUGAUACAAAAAUCGAAGAAAUGGGAAUUUUGUGUGUCAUAAUGCUAUUGAAAUCAUUGUGGAAUUAAUGGCAUAUUCGAUAAAUGAAAGGUCCAUAUGAGAAAAAAGUUAGCUUUCUACCUUACCAUAUACAAAAAUAAGAUCCAAAUAGAUUGACGACCAGAAUAUCAAAAGCAAAAUUCUCACACUAUGAUGAAAGUAGAAUGUAUUAGAGUAACAGAUUUCCUUAAAAACCCAUAAACAUGGAAGAAUUGAUUCUAUUUUGAUGUUUUGGCCUCAUAGGCACCCACAUAUGUGUGCAAAGAGAUAUAUGUAACUGUUCACUGCAUCAUGGUUUGUCUAAGUUGGAUAUAAAAAAUUUCCAUCAAUAGAGGCAUAGAUCAAUACAGUGUGAUUUUUUUCUUUGAUAGAAUACAGUAUUUAGAAGACACAAAAUUUACAUACAGUUACAUGGAUAGAUUGCAGCAUAUAAUAUCGAGAGAAAAACAAAAUGCACAAUGAAAUAUUGUAUAACAUUUGUAUAAUUUAAUAGAUGGUGCAAAGAACAGUACGGUGUAUUGGUCAUUGAUCCAUAUAUGACGUUGGUUGCCUUUUGGGAUGCGGGAAAGAUUUGCUGGGAGUUGUUAUAUUUACCUGUAAUAUUUAUUUAAUAAAAGAAUGCAAGCAAA